AGCAUAGCCCAUAUCCCUGCUGACACUUUGAUUUUGGAUUUUCAGCCUCCAGAAUUUUGAGACAAUAAAUUUAUUGUUUAAGUCCCCCAGAUUGUUGUACUUUGUUAGGGCAGCUCUAGGGAACUAAUGCAGUGUACAUAGGCUCAUUUUACUAUUUUAUUCAAAUUGCUGGCUCAUGAAGCUCCCUUUAUUCAACUUUAGUUGAUGAUGUGAAAAUACUUACCAAAGUGGUUAUACCAGUUUAUACUCCAGCCAGCAGAGAAUAAGGCUCCAGUUGUACCACACCUUUGUUGACCCUUGAUAUUGCCAAGGAAAAAUUUAGUCAUGUGUUCAGUGGUAUCUUUUUGGGGCUGCAGUUUACAUUUCCUGGUAAUUGGUGAUGAACAUUUUUUCCUAUGUUUGGCUACUUGGAUACUCAUUUUUGUGUUUUCAGGUCUUCUGCACAUUUUUUUUAUUGGUUCAUCAAUGUGAAGUACAUUCAUGUUGUACUUUCACUUCACCAUUAUUCAUCUCCAGAACUUUGUUAUCCCAAAUGGAAACUCUGUACCCAUUAAACAGUAACUCCACUUUCCCUUUUUCCUCUAGCUCCUGGCAACCACCAUUCUACUUUCUGACAUUGACUAGGUACCUCAUAUAAAUGGAAUCUUACAGUAUUUGUCGUUUGACUUAGCAUGAUGUCUUCAAGGGUUAUUCUGUAUUGUAGCAUGUGUCAGAAUUUCCUUUUUAAGGCUGAGUAAUAUUUCAGUAUCUGUGUGUGUGGACACACGUCUUGUUUUGUUUAUUCAUCUUUCAGUGGACAUUUGAGUUGUUUCCAUCUUUUGGCUGUUGUGAAUAAUGCUUCUAUGAACACUGAUGUACAAAUAUCUGUUUGAGUCCCUGCAUCCAAUUCUUUUGUGUGUGUAUUCAGAAGUGGUAAUUCUAUUUUUAACUUUUUGAGGAACCACCAUGCUGUUUUCAAUGGCAGCUGUACCAUUUUACAUUUCAACCAGCAAUCCCUGAGGGCUCCAGUUUCUCCACAUCUCACCAAUUCUUGUGAUUUUCUGUUAAUACCUAUCCUAAUAGGUGCAAGCUGGGAUCACUCUGGUUUUGAUUUGCAAUCCCUAAUGACUAGUGAUAUUAAGAUUUUCAUGUGCUUAUUGGCUAUUAGUUUAGCUCCUUUUGAAACAUCUAUUCAAGUGCUCUGAACAUUUUUUUAAAUUUAAUUUUUUAGACUGGAUGUGUGUGUGUGUUUUAUUAUUGUUUAUUUUUGUUGACUUUGUCAAAUAUCAAUUGAUUGUAGGUGUGUGGCUUUAUUUCAGGGGCCUCUAUUCUGUUCCAUUGGUCUAUGUGUCUGUUUUUUUACCAGUACUAUGCUGUUUUGGUUACUGUAGUCUUGUAAUAUAGUUUCAGUUUGGAUAAUGUGAUGCUUCUGACUUUAUUCUUUUGUUUAGGAUUGCCUUGGCCAAUCCAUGAGUGUGGAAUGCAUUUCCAUUUAUUUGUGUCAUCUGUGAUUUCUUUCAGCGAUGUUUUGUGGUUCUCAUUAUAGAGAUCUUUUGCCUCCUUAGUUGGAUGAUGUAUUCUUAGGUAUUUUGUUUUGUGCCUAUUAUACAUGGAAUUGCAUUCUUGGUUUGGUUUGCAGCUUGAACAUUAUUGGUGCAUAGAAAUCCUACAGACUUUUAUAUGCUGAUUUUGUAUCCUGAGACUUUGCUUAAAUUAUUUAUUAUGUCUAGGAGUCUUUGGCAGAAUCCUUAGAGUUUUCUAGGUAUAGAAUCAUAUUGUCACUGAAGAGAGAUAUUUUGACUUCCUUUUUUCCCUAUGUGUAUGCCUUUUAAUUCUUUGUCUUGCCUAAUUGCUCUGGCUAGGACUUUUUGAGCAGACACUUCCAAAAAGACAUACAAGCAGCCAAAAAACGAAAAAAAUGCUUAAUAUUACUAAUCAUCAGAGAAAUGCAAAUUAAAACCACGAUGAGAUACCAUCUCAUGUCAGUCAGAAUGGCUGUUAUUAAAAAGUCAAAAAACAGAUGUUGGCAAGGAUGUGGAGAAAAGGGAACACUUACACACUUGGUGGGAAUGUAAAUUAUUUCUGCACCUGUGGAAAGCAGUUUGGAGAUUUUGCAAAGAUCUAAAAAUAGAAGUCCCAUUCGACCCAGCAAUCCCAUUACUGGGUAUCCUACCAAAGGAAAGUAGCUCAUUCUACCAAAAAGACACCUGCACUUGUAUGUUUAUUGCAGCACUAUUAACAACAGCAAAGACAUGGAAUCAGUCAAGGUACCCAUCAACAGUGGAUUGGAUUUUAAAAAUGUACCUAUACACCAUGGAAUACUAUGCAGCCAUAAAAAUGAAUCAAAUAAUGUCCUUUGCAGCAACAUGAAAGCAGCUGGAGGCCAUCAUCCUAAGCAAAUUAACACAGAAAUGGAAAACCAAAUACCACAUGUUCUGACUUACAAGUGGGAGCUAUACAUUGAGUGCACAUAGACACAAGGAUGGGAACAAUAAGCACUUAAGAUUCCAAAAGUGGGGAGGGAGGGGGGCAAGCGUUGAAAAACUUAUCAAGUACUAUGUUCCCUACUUCGGCAACAGCAUCAUUAGAAGUCCAAACCUCAGCAUCACACAAUAUACCCUUGUAUCAAACCCCCAUGUGUACCUCCUGAAUCUAAAAUUUAAAAAACAGGCAUCUGUUCAUGUCCUUUGCCCACUUUUAAUGUUAUUUGUUUUAUUCUUGUUCAUUUAUUUAAGAUCCUUAUAGAUUAUGGAUAUUAGUCCUUUGUUGGAUGCAUAAUGUGCAAAUAAUUUCUCCCAGUCUGCAGGUUGUCUGCUUAUUCUGUUGAUUGUUUCUUUCGCUGUGCAGAUGCUUUAGUUCAAGUGAGUCUCAUUUGUCUAUUUUUUGUUUUUGUUGCAUUUGCCUUUGAGGUCUUAGUCAUAAGUUCUUCACCUAGGCCAAUGUCCAGAACAGUUUUCCCCAGAUUUUCUUCUAGGAUUUUUAUAAUUUGAGGUCUCACAUUUGAGUCUUUGGCACAUCCUGAGGUAGUUUUUGUAUAUGGUGAGUAUUAGAGGCCCAAUUUCAUUCUUCUGCAUAUACCUAGUCAGUUUUUCCUGCACCACUUACUGAAUAGGGUAUCCUUUCCCCAGCAUUUAUUUUUGUUGACUUUGUCAAAGAUCAUUUUAAAAAAUGAUUUUUUUUGGUGGUUUUGAAUUGUAGAAGUUCUUUUAUAUAUUCUGGAUGUGAAUUCAGUAUUAGUUUUAUGAUUCACAAAGAUUUUCUCCUAUUCUGUGUGAGUUGUUUUUCAUUCGGUUGAUAGUGUCCAUUGAUGUACAAAAAACUUUAAUUUUUCUAACGUCCAAUUUGUUAUUUCUUCUAUUACCUGUGCUUUUGGUGUCAUCCAAGAAAUCACUGCCAAAUCCAAUGUCAUCAAGUGCUUCCCUUAUGUUUUCUUCUAAGUGUUUUCCAGUUUAAGCGCUUACAUUUAGUUCUUUGAUCCAUUUUGAGUUAAUUUUUGAAUAUACUGUAAAGUAAGAGUCCAGCUUGUUCUUUUGCAUGUGUAUAUCCAGUUUUCCCAACUCCAUUUGUUGAAAAGACUAUUUUUCCAUUGAAUAGUCUUGGCACUUGUCAAAAACGAUUGACCUUGUAUUUGAGAGACUCUAUUGUAUUCCGUUGGUCCAUACGUCUGUCUGUAUACCAGUACUACACUGUUUUUGAUUACUGUAGUUUUGUGGUAAGUUUUGAAAUCAGGAUGUGUGAGAACUCCAAUUUUGUUAUGUUUCAAAUGAAUUUUAGGGGUUAUAGUUCUGCGCCAACCAUUUUUCUUUCAAGGCUUGAAAGUAGUUGUUUCAUAUAUUUGUUCUAGUGUUCUAGUUCUUAUGAUGUGAGGACGUAUUUGGUGCCAGUUACUCCACUGUGGCAGACAGUGGAAAUCUAGUAGUUUUCAAUUUUAUCAAACACAUUUUAUAUGUACGUUUUUGGGAGGAGCAUCUGUUGAGAUAACAGAUGAUACUUCUCUUUUCUUCUGAUAAGAUGAUGGAUUACACUGUUUUCAUUUUCAUCCAAAUGUUAACCGAUGUUGUGUUUCAGGAAUAAACCCCACUUUUUCAUGAUUUUUUUUUAUGUACUAUUGAGUUUAAUUUGCUGAGAUUUGGUUUAGGAUUUUACACUUGAUUUAACACUUAAGAUUAGCCUGUAAUAUUCUCUUUCCUGUAAGUUCUUUUUUAUUUUGGUAACAAGGUUACGUCAGCAUCAUGUGAGUUGGGAAAUAUUCUCUUCCAUGAAAGAGUUUGCAUACCAAACAGUGCGGUUCCUGGAAGGGCUUCUAAGACCUUUAUGUGUUUGAAUGCUUGUUCUUGUACCUAGGCUUUCUUACCCUUUUCUUUGCCUUCCUUCUUCUUGCUUAUUCUUCACAGCCCAGCUCAGGGAACAUUUACUGUGGGAAACAUUUCCUGAGUUUUCUGGUCUCACUGGGUUGUGAAUCCCCCUUCUGUCUAUUGUGAAGGCAGCUUAAUCCUAGCUCUUUCCCUAGUGGGAAAACGUUAGCAAGUCAUUCUAUUAUUUAUUUUUGUAAGUGUUUCAGUGGCAUGCUUAACACAGGGCACUGCUAAUACCUGCUACAAAGCCCAUUCUCCUUCCCCCUCAUGUCCCUCUUCAACCCUCUUUAUGUACCCUACGUAGUUCUGAACUCCUUCUGUUACCCUGCUCUCUGUGAAUUACUCCAUGCACAUGGCACAUGUCGGAUAUUACCAUCUGCUUGUUAGUAUCCACUGUUGAUCUUGAGUUUCUGAGGGUCAGUUGUUUAUGGCUAUUGAGUACAUGAAUGAAUGAAUGAGUUUUCUUAUUUCUUUCUCCAAUGUGGUAGAAUCUAGCAAUGAAACUUGUAUUAUAUUUGGAUAGAAGACUUUUAGUUGUAGAUUAAUUUUCUUUCCUAUUCAGAUUUAAAAAAAAAAAUUUUAUCAGCUUUUGUAAAUUAUAUCUUUCUAGUUAGUAAUUUGUCUAUUUAAAUUUAAAGUAAUUUGUCUAUUUAAAUUUAAAGUUAAGGCUAAAUUAAAGUUAAAGUUAAGGCUAAAGGUUGUUUGUAAUAGUGUGUGAUAUUUGAACAUCUGCAGAAGCUGUUAUGCCCCCUUCUAAAAUUUCUGACAGUUGCAUUGAUAGUUGUCUCUUUUUCCGAUGAGUGUUAGUAAAGUUUUACUUUUUUUUUCUUAUCUUCAAAGAACAAACCUACACUUUUGUUGAUAUCUUUGUUUUAUUUUAUUAACUUCGGAUCUUUAUUAUUGCCUUAAUUCUACUUUCACUUAUUUUAAUUUUUAUUCUUUUUAAACUUUUUGAGAUGGAUACAUAGCUUGUUGAUUUUGCCAGCUUGAUUUUCUUUUGCAGUUUUAGAAUUGAGUUAAACAUGCUAACUGCAUUCCGUAAGCUUUUGUUACGGAAAUACAUUCUGUUGUAUUUUCCUUAACAUGUAGUUUUAAAUAUUUUUGAAAAAUCUCACGCAAUACUAUUAAUUGACUCUACUUGGGUCUUCUGUCUAUCCAUAUUGUAUAUUCAAAUUUUUGUCUCCUUUUUAAGGCUCAUUUUGAAAUGCAACCUUUUCUGAGAAGCCUUUCCAGAAAACUUUCCCCCUUCUAAAGAUCUAUAGUUGUCUGGUAAUACCUUCCUUAUGACACUUAUUUUUACCUAGAAUUAUAGUUACUUAUGUAUAUCUCAGAUCUCACUUUGAACAGCAUGUCCCUUGAGAACAAACUCUCAACUGAAAAUUUUAAUAAUAUGCAUAUGUUUUAGGUUUACUGAGGUAUAAUUUUAAACAAAAUUUUACAACUUUAAUAUAUAUGUCUUGUUUAGUUUGUAUAUAUGCAUAUACUAGGUGAUACCAUUACCACGAACAAGGUAUUAGACAUAUCUGUUGCCUCUAGAUUUUUUUGUGUGUUCUUUUGUGGGUAUGGGUGUGUUGUAAAGAAUAGUUAACGUGGGAUCUAUUCACUUAAUGUAUUUAAAAGCAGACACGGGGUUUCACCAUAUUGGCCAGGCUGGUCUCAAACUCCUGAAACCCCAUCUCUACUAAAAAUACAAAAAUUAGCUGGGUGUGGUGGUGUGCACCUGUAGUCCCAGCAACUAGGGAGGCUGAAGCAGAAGAAUCGCUUGAACCUGAGAGGUGGAGGUUUCAGUGAGCUGAGAUCACGUCACUGCAUUGCAACCUGAGUGACCGAGCAAGACUCUGCCUCAAAAAAUAUAUAUAUAUUUAUAUUUUAUAUAUAUAUACAUACGUAUAUUUUAAAGUACACAAUACAAUAUUGUUAACUGUAGGUACUAUGUUGUGCAGCAGAUCUCUAGAACUUAUUUAUCUCGUGUUACAGAAAAUUUAUACCAAUUGAAAAACAAUUUCAUGUUUCUUCCCCCUCUAUCCUCUGGCAACUGCCAUUCUACUCUCUGCUUCUGUGAGUCUAGUAUUUUUCUUCGGUGCUUCAUUAAAGUAGAUUCAUCUAGUAUUUGUGUGUGUUUGUGAUUGGCUUUUUUUACUUAGCAUAAUGCCCUCUAGGUUCAUCUAUGUUACUGCAAAUGGCAGGAUUUUCUUAUUUUUUAAGGUUGAAUGGUAUACCAUUAUAUAUAUAUGCUGCGUUUUAAAAAUUCACUUGUUUCAUUUUUUUUUCUAGUCUCUAUUUCAUUUAUUUCUGCCCUGAUCUUUGUUGUUUCUUCCUUUUGCUAACACCAGGCUUCAUUUUUCUCUAAUUCCUUGAGAUGUAACAUUAGCUUGUUUAUUUGAGAUCUUUCUUCUUUCUUUCUUUCUUUCUCUCUUUCUCUCUUUCUCUCUUUCUCUCUUUCUCUCUUUCUUUCUUUUUUUGAGACGGAGUCUCGCUCUGUCCCCCAGGCUGGAGUGCAGUGGUGCGAUCUCGGCUCACUGCAAGCUCUGCCUCCCGGGUUCACACCAUUCUCCUGCCUCAGCCUCCUGAGUAGCUGGGACUACAGGCACCCGCCACCAUGCCCGGCUAAUUUUUUGUAUUUUUAGUAGAGACGGAGUUUCACCGUGUUAGCCAGGAUGGUCUCAAUCUCCUGACCUCGUGAUCUGCCCACCUCGGCCUCCCAAAGUGCUGGGAUUACAGAGCCACCGUGCCUGGCCUCUUCUUUCUUAAUGUAGCAUAUAUUGCUAUAAAGUUUCCCCUUUGUACUGCUUUUGCUGCCUGUUAUAAAUUUUGGUAUGUGGUGUUUUCAUUUGUCUCAAGACAUUUAAAAUUUUUUUCUUUGACCAACUGGUAGUUCAGGAGUAUUAAUUUCCACGUUUGUGAAUGUUUUACCUUUCCUCUUAUUGAUUUCUAGUUUCAUAUAAUUGUUGAAAAAAUAUUUCAGUCUUCUUUAAUCUGUUAAAACUUGUUAUGUGGCCUAAGGUGAUCUUCUAAAGAAUGUUCUGUGUGUGCUUGAGAAGAACUGCUGUUGGCUAGACUGUUCUGUAUAUAAUCUGUUAGGUCUAUUUGAUUUAAUGUGUUGUUCAAGUCUGCUGUUUCUUUAUUGAUUUUCUGUCUGGAUGACCUUUCUAUUGUUGAGAGUGGGCUACUGAAAUCUGUUAUUGUAUUGGUAUCUACUUUCCUCUUUGUUCUAUUAAUAUUUGCUUUAUAUCUUUAGGUGCCCUGAUGUUGGGUAUAUGCAAUUGUGUCUUCCUAAUGAGUUGACCUUUUUAUCAUUAUACAAUGAUCUUUUUUGUGUCUUGUGACAGUUUUUGAUGAAAGUCCAUUUUGUCUGAUAUAAGAAUAGCCACCUCUGUGCUCUUUUAAUUACCAUUUUCAUGAAAUAUCUUUUCUAUCCCUUCACUUUCAGCUUAAAUGCACCCUUAUAGCUAAAGAGAGUCUCUUGUAGGCAGCAUCUGGUUGGAUCUUGUUUUUGUAGUCACUCAGCCACUCUGUCUUUUUUUAAAAAAUUAUAAAUUCAGGUGGUGCUUGUUACGUUGGUGUAUUGGGUAAUCCUAGGGUUUGGGCUUCUAAUGAACCCGUCACCCAAAUAAUAAACAUAGUACCCAAUAGGUAGUUUUUCCAACUCUUUCCCAUCUUCGUCCCCCACCCUUGGAAUCCCUAGUAUCUAUUAUUUCUAUCUUUAUGUCUCCUGUGUAUCCAUUGUUUAGCCAACUGAUAAGUGAGAGCAUGCAGUAUUUGAUUUUCUGUUUCUGCAUUAAUUCUCUUAGGCUAAUGGCCUCCAGCUGCAUUCAUGUUGCUCCAAAGGACACAAUCUCAUUUUUUAUGGCUGUGUAGUAUUCCAUGGUAUAUAUGUACCACAUUUUCUUUAUGCAAUCCACCUUUGACAGAAACUUAGGCUGAUUGCAUGAUUUUGCUAUUGUGAAUAGUGCAGUGAUAAACAUACAAGUGCACAUGACCUUUUGAUAAAAUGAUUUCAUUUCCUUUAAGUAUAUACCCAGUAGUGGGAUUGCUGGGUCAAAUGGUAGUUCUAUUUUAGUUCUUUGAGAAUUCUCCAUACUAUUUUUCUGCAGGGGUUGAACUAAUUCACAUUCUCUACCAACAAUUUAUAAGCAUUCUCUUCUCUACAGCCAUACCAACAUCUAUUUUUUUUUUUUUUUACUUUUUAGUAAUAGCCAUAUUACCAGUGUGAAUGAUAUCUCAUUGUGGUUUUAAUUUGUAUUUUUAUCUGAUGAUUAGUGAUGUUGAGCAUUUUUUCAUGUUUUUUGGCUGCUUGUAUGUCCUUUGAGAAAUCUCUGUUUAUGUCCUUUGCCUACUUUUCAAUGGUUGUUUUUUUUCUUGUUGAUUUAUGUUCCUUAUAGAUCAUAGAUAUUAGUCUUUGUUAGAUGUGUAGUUUGCAAAUAUAUUCACCCAUCUGUAGGCUGGCUGUUUACUGUGUUGAAACUCUUUCUUUUGCUAUGCUGAAGCUCUUCAGUUGAAUUAAGUCUGAUUUGUCUAUUUUUGUUUUUGUUGCAUUUGUUUUUGAGGUCUUAGUCAUAAAUUCUUUGCUUGGGCCAAUCCAGAAGAGUUUUCCCUAGGUUUUCUUCUAGGAUUUUUAUAGUUUGAGGUCUUACAGUUGAGUCUUUAAUCUGAUUUGAGUUAAUUUUUGUAUAUGGUGAGAGGUAGAAGUCCAGUUUAAUUCUUCUUUAUAUAGCUAGCCAGUUUUCCCAGCACCAUUUAUUGAAUAGGGAGUCCUUUCACCAUUGAUUGGUUUUGCCAACCUUGUCAAAGAUCAGAUGGUUGUAGAGGUGUGGCUUUAUUUCUGGGUUCUCUAUUCUAUUCCAUUCAUCUAUGCAUCUGUUUUUGUAGUGUAGCAGUAAAAUUUGAAUUUGGGUAAUGUGAUGUCUCCAGCUUUAUUCUUUUUGUUUGGGAUUUCUUUGGUUAAUCAGGCUCUUUUUUGGUGCCAUGUGAAGUUUCCGUAAUUUUUUUGUAGUGCUGUGAAAAAUGACAUUGGUAAUUUCAUAGGAAUUGUGUUGAAUCUGUAGAUAUCUUUUGGCAGUUUGGUCAUUUUAGUUAUAUUGAUUCUUCUAAUCCAUGAGCAUGGAAUGUUUUUCCGUUUGUUUGUAUCAUCUAUAAUUUCUUUCAAAAGUGUUUUGUAGUUCUUCUUGUAGAGGUCUUUUGCCUUCUUGGUUAAACAUAUUCCUACUUAUUUUUUGUGUGUGGCUAUUUCUAGAUGGAAUUGAGUUCUUGAUUUGGUUCUCAGCUUGAAUGUUAUUGCUGCACAUUCCACUGAUUUUUGUACAUUGAUUUUUGUAUCUUGAAACUACUGAAUUUGUUUAUUAGGUCUAGGAGUCUUUUGGAUGAAUCUUUAACGUUUUCUAGGUACAGGACUAUGUCAACAGUGAACAGAGAUAAUUUGACUCCCUCUUUUCCUAUUUUGAUGUCUAUUGUUUCUUUCUCUUGUCUGAUUGCUCCAGCUAGGACUUUCAGUACUAUGUUUUAUAGGCGUGGGGAGAAUGGAUGUAUUAGUCAAUUCUGAUGCUGCUUAUAAAGACAUACUUGAGACUGGGUAAUUUAUAAAGGAAAGAGGCUUAAUUGACUCACAGUUCAGCAUGGAUAGGGAGGCCUCAGGAAACUUACAAUCAUGGCAUAAGGGAAAGCAGACACAUUCUUCUUCACAUGAUGGCAGGAAGGAGAAGUGCAGAGAGAAGGUGGCGGGGGAAGCCCCUUAUAAAACCAUCAGAUCUUGUGAGAACUGAUUCACUAUCCCAAGAACAGAAUGGAGGUAACCACCCCCAUGAUUCAAUUACCUCCUACCGGGUCCUUCCCACACCACAUGGGGAUUAUGGGAACUACAGCUCAAGUUGAGAGUUGGGUGGGGACACAGCCAGAGCAUAUCAGUGGACAUCCUUGUCUUGUUAUCAUUCUUAAGGGGAAUUCAUUCAAAUUUGCCCAUUCAGUAUGAUGUUAGCUGUGGGUUUGUCAUAAAUGGCUUUUAUUAUUUUGAGGUAUGUUCCUUCGAUGUCCAGUUUGUUAAAGGUUUUUAUGAAGGGAUGCUGGAUGCUAUUGAAUGCUUUUUCUGUGUCUGUUGAGUAAUCAUACAGGUUUUGUUUUUAAUUCUGUUUGUGUGGUGAAUAAUAUUGAUUUGUGUAUAUUGAAUGAUCCUUGUUUCCCAGAAAUAAAGCCCACUUGAUCAUGAUGAAUUAUCUGGUUGAUAUGAUGUUGAAUUAAGUUUGCUAGUAUGUUAUUGAUGAUUUUUGCAUCUAUGUUCAGAAAGUAUAUUGACCAGUAGUUUUUUUUUUCUGUGUCCUUGCUAGAUUUUGAUACCAGGAUGAUGCUAGUUUUGUAGAAUGAAUCAGAGAGGAAUUGUCCUUGAUUUCCUAUAACAGUUUCAGUAAGAUUGGUGCCAGCUUUUUGAACAUUUGGUAGAAUGUGGCUGUGACUCUGUCUUGCCCAGGGCUUUUUUUGGUUGGUAGAUUUUUUAUUACCGAUUUAAUUAUCUAACUCAUUGGUCUGUUCAAGAUUUCAAUAUCUUUCUGGCUCAAUCUUUGGAGGUUGUGUUUUUCCAGGAAUAUAUCCAUUUCUCCUAGGUUUCCUAGUUUGUGUGCAUAGAGAUGUUCCUAGUAGUCUCUGGUGAUCUUUUUUCUUUCUGUGGUAUCAGUUGUAAUGUCACCUUUAUCAUUUUUUAUUGUGGUUAUUUUUCUUGAGUAAUCUUGCUAGCACUCUAUCAAUUUUGUUUCGAUGAACCAACUUUUCAUUUUGUUGAUGCUUUGUUGUUGUUGUUUUGGUCUCAGUUUCAUUUAGUUCUCUAAUAUUUCUUUCUUUUUUUUCUGAUACCUUUGGAUUUGGUUUGUUUUCCUAAGUCCUUUAGAUAUGACCUUAGGUUGUUAAUUUGAGAUCUAUCUUUUCACGUAGGCAUUUAGCACUAUAAACUUUCCUUUAAACACUGCUUUUGCUUUACUCAAGAGGUGUGGGUGUGUUGUCCAAGAAGAUACUUGAUAUGAUUUCAGUUUUUUUGCAUUUAUUGAGACUUGCUUUAUGACCGAGCUUGUUGUCAAAUUUAGAGAAUGUUGCAUGUACAGAUGAUUAAAGAAGUGGGUAUUUGCGGUUCUUGGGUGGAAUAUUCUGUAGAUGUCUAUUAGGUACUUUUGGUCAAGAGUCCAGUUUAAGUCCAGAGUGUUUUUUUUGUUGUUGUUAGUUUUCUGCCUCAGUGAUCUGUCUAAUGCUGUCAGUGGGGUAGUGAAGUCCCCCACUAUUAUUGUUUCACUGUGUAUCUCUGAAGUCUACUAGUAUUUGUUUUAUAAAUAUGGGUACUUUGACAUUGGGUGCAGGUAUAGUUAGGAUAGUUAAGUCUUCUAAUUGAUUGAAUUGAAUGUUUUAUCAUUAAAUAAUGCCAUCUUUUUCAUUUUCUUUUUUUAGCUUUGUUCAUUUAAAGUCUGUUUUAUGUGCUACAAGAAUAGCAACUUAUCCUGUUUUUUGUUUGUUUGUUUUCCAUUUGCAUGAUAGAUGUUUCUCCAUUUCUUUACUUUUAGCGUGGGAAUGCCGUUCCCUGUGAGAUAGAUCUAUUGAAGGCAGCAGAAUACUGUUUUUUAAAUCCAAUUUGCCACUCCGUGUCUUUUGAGUAGGGUAUUUAGACCAUUUACAUGUAAGACUAAUAUCGAUAUGUGAGGUUUCAUUUCUGUCAUAGCUUUCUUAGCUAGUUGUUUUGUAGUCUCAAUUGUGUAAUUGUUUUGUAGCAUCUGAGAACUUUGUACUUAUGUGUUGUUUUAUGGUAGCAGUAUCAUUCUUUCGUUUCCAUCUUUAGAACUUCUGUGAAUAUUUCUUGUAGGGCUUAUCUGGUGGAGACAAAUUCCCUUAACAGUUGCUUCUCUAAUAAAAGCUUUAUUUCUCCCUUAUUUAUGAAGCUGUUUGACAGGAUAUGAACUUUUGGCUGCCAUUUUUUUUUCUUUAAGAAGGCAAAAAUAGGCUUCAGUCUCUUCUGGCUUGUAAGGUUUCUGCUGAGAAGUCUGCUGUUAGUCUGAUGGGACUUCCUUUAUAGGUAAUUUGGGCCUUUUCUCUAGCUACCUUUAAGGUUUUUUUUUUUGUAUUAACCUUGGGAAUGGUUGUGUUGUAUAGUAUCUCUCAGGUGUACUCUCAGUGUCUUAUAUCUGGUUCUGGACCUCUCUAGCAAGAUUAGGGAAAUUUUCCUGAAUUAUUUCCUCAAAUGUGUUUUCCAAUUUGCUUGCUUUUUCUUUGUAUUUCCAAAGGCUUUGUUCUUUUUUUUGCUUUUAUCUGGGUUAAUUUGAAGGACCAGCCUUCAAGUUCUGAAAUUCUUUCUUCGGCUUCGUGUAAUCUGUUAUUAAAACUUCCAGCUGUAUUUUGAAAUUCCUUUAGCAAAAUUUUCAAUUUCAGAAGUUCUAUUUGUUUUUUUCUUAAUACAGCUAUCUUGUCUUUCAUAUCCUGAAUUAUUUUUCUAGUGUCUUUGUAUUGGAUUUCAACUUUCUCUUGGAUCUUACUGAGUUUCCUUGAUAUCCUUAUUUUGAAUAUUUUAUCAUUUCAAAUUUUUCAGUUUGGUUAGUAUCCAUUACUAGAGAGUUGGUGCAAUCCUUUGGAGGUGUCAGGACAUCCUGGCUUUUUAUACUGCCAGAGUUCUUGCUGAUUCCUUCUUGUCUGAGGAGCUGCUACUUCUCAUUUUUGAGUUUGCUGUCAUUUGCAUGGGAUCUUUUAAUUUUUCAAUCCUUUUUUCCCUUGAGGGUAUGACUGUGGUGUAUGUUGUGUAUGAUCUUUUUGUUUCAUUUAUUGGUACUUUCAGUGGGCCAAGGCUGUAUAUGGGUACGUUGGUUGCGGAUAGCCUCUGUGUAGUGACUUUCUUAGAUGCUGAUUGUUGUAGCGAUGUAUUGAACAUAUGAGCGGACACUCUAUUUCCUGUGGGAUUGAGAGUGCAGGUGCAUAGGUCUCAGGAAACUUAUCUCAGACUAGCACUAAGCCCUUCUGGUAGCAGGUUUUUUGUUUGGUGGUGCAGUUCAGGCUGUAGUCCAGUAGAUGGAGAUGACACUUAAGAGUAGGAGACAGCUCAUGCUCAGGCUGAUGUCAAGUGGUAGCACCUGUGUUGACAGGAGGCAUGAGAGGGCUUAGGGGGCCAGUGGGAACAGGAAGCAAUCUUGUUGGGGCCCGCUGAGAUCUUGGAGGAAAGGUUGGGGAGGUGCACCAGGUCCUCAUCCUGAGUCAGCAGGAAUGCCAUCUGCUUCCCUAUCUUGCCCCUGUUGCAAAGCUCACGACCUUAGUUCAUAAAUACUUUUGGUUCCUGGUUGCAGAGCAGCUGUGGGCCACCGAAACACCCUCUUGAAGGCUGGGACAGAGUCUCUUACCCCAGUUCAGGGCAGGCAACUCUGUGAUUUCUCUGUUCUCUGUUGCUGGGAUGCUGCCAUUCUGUGUAGGGAGGGCGAGUUAGGCCCUGCCAUUCGAGUAAACCCCACGCAGCAUGGGCUUACUUUGAGUAGGGAUGGAGCUGCCAUGAAAAGCUUAAAAAAUGCUUUCUCCGAAUGCAUUCCCCAGCCCCCAGUGGGAAGAACCUCUGCUGUGUCUGCAAUAGUGUAUGGCAUUGGAUGGGUGGGAGAUGUCCCUCUCUCCAUGUUCAUUUCCUGGUGUUGGCACUGCCUCCUUCAGCAAUCAGUGCUGCAUCCACAUUCCCUUUGUCCUAAGGGGACUUUGGCAGGCUGCACUCCCUUGUUGGUAGCCCAUGCUGGUGGUUAGAUCUCCAGGGGCCUCACAACUUCCUGGGGGCCCAUCAGUCUCCUGUGCUUGCCAAAGCCAGAGUGGGUUGUAAGUUAUAUUUGUGAGGGUUCUGGUGGUGUGAUGACUCAAGGGCGGAGAAACCCUAGGCAGGGCAGAGGUCCACUAGGUGUCUACACCAGUAUUGCACCUGUCAUCUCAGUUUGGGUCAGGGGAGUACAUGAAUUCCUACAGGAGCUAGCCAGCUGGUUCUCUAUCCCUGGGAAAUUCCCAAGUCACCACCAAUAGCUUUGCCCUAGGUCAUGAGGACAGAGGGGUUCCCAACAGUUUAGUGGUCAGCAGAUUGUCAGAGGGGUGAAGGGAGCAGAGCAGCAUUCCCACCUCCUUUUUUUUUUGAACGGAGUGUCGCUCUUGUUGCCCGGCUGGAUUGCAAUGGCAUGAUCUUGGCUCACUGCAACCUCCGCCUCCUGGGUUCGAGCAAUUCUCCUGCCUCAGCCUCUUGAGUAGCUGGGAUUAUAGGCACCUGCCACAAUGCCUGGCUAAUUGUUUUGUAUUUUUAGUAGAGAUGAGGUUUCACCAUGUUGGCCAGGCUGGUCUUGAACUCUUGUCCUCAAGUGAUCUGCCUGCCUCAGCCUCCCAAAAUGCUGUGAUUACAAGUGUGAGCCACCGCGCCCGGCCUCCCACCUACUUUUUCUGCAGGACUCCAAGUUUCUCUGGGUUUGAUCUCUGCCAGAUUCUUCCUCUUUGUCUUUUGUUUGGGGAAUUUAAUUGAUUUACAUAUAAAGUAAUUAUUGAUGGGUAAGGGCUUACUAUUGCUAUUUCAUUAAAUUUUUUCUGUCUAUUCUGUAGUUCUUUUCUUUCUUUCUUCUCCUUCCCCUUUUGUCUUCUUUGGUGACUUGAUUUUUGUAGUGUUAUGCUUUGAUUUUUUUCUCUUUCUCUUUUGUGUAUCUCCUGUAAGUUUUUUCCUUUCUGGUUACCAUGGGACUUACAUAAACAUAUUCUAACAGUCUAUUUUAAGCUGAUAACAGCUUAACUAUGCUCACAUACAAAACUACCCAUUUAUUCUCCCUUAAUUAUUUGUUAUUGAUGUCACAAUUUACAUCUUAAAUUGUGUAUCCAUUAAUUGUUAUAGUUCUUAGUACUUUUGUCUUUUGACAUUUAUAUUAGGGUUAAAAGUGACUUACAUACUUUACAAUAUUAGAAGAUUCUAUAUUUACUUAUAUAUUUACCCUAACCAGUGAGUUUUAUACUCCUGUGGUCUUUCAUGUUGCUAUUUAGUGUCUUUUUGUUUCAACUUGAGCAACUUCAUGUAGCGUUUUUCAUAAGGUAAACAUAGUGGUGAUGAACUUCCUCAGCUUUUGUUUGGGAAAUUUUUUCUUGCCUUCAUUUCUGAAGGACAGCUUUGCUGGGUAUAGCACUCUUGGUUAGUAGUUUUUUUUUUUUCUUUCAGCACUUUAAAUAUGUAGUGAUCCCCUGGUACCUGUGGGGUUAUCCAGGAAACUCCACAGAUAAUACAAUCCACAAAUUCUAAAGUCUGUUGUAUAAAAUAAUGUAUUUGCAUAUAGACCAUGUACAUCUUCCUGUAUACUUUACAUCAGCUGUAGAUUACUCAUUAUACCCAAUAAAAUGUAAAUGCAACAUAAAUAUUUGUUCUAACUAUAUUACACUUUUUAUUUAAAUUUUUAAUUGUUAGAUUGUUUUUUGUUUUGCUAUACAGUUGCUUGAAUCUCCAGAUGCAGAACAUGUGGAUAUGAAGGGCUGACUGUAUAUAUCAUCUCACUCUCUUGGCCUGCAUAGUUUCUGAUGAGGAAUCUGCCAGUAGUCUUAUGGAGCUCCUUUGCCUGUAAUGAGUCACUUUUCUCUUGCUGGUUUGAAAAUUCUGUAGUUGUCUUUGAUUUUUGACAUUUUGACUAUAAUGUCUUGUUCUAGACCUUUUUGGAUUUAUUCUGUUUGGGCUUCAUGAAUCUGGAUGUUCAUUUCCAUGCCCAGAUUUGGGAAUGAUUGAGUCAUUAUUUUUUUAAUUAGGGUUUUUACUGCUUUCUCUUUCUCUUCUCCUCUGGGCUUUCCAUAAUGUAUAUAUUGGUUUGAUGGAGUACCAUGAUUUCCUUAAGAUUUCUUCACUUCUUUUAAUUAUUUUUUCAUUUUGCUGUUCUGACUGUAAUUUCAAAUUGCCCAUCCUCGAGUUUUCAAAUUCUGUCUUCUGCUUGAUAAAAGUUUGCUGUUGAACCUCUCUUGUGAUUUUUUAAAUCCAGUUAUUCUUUAAUAAAAUCCAAUUUUCUAGUAUUUUAAAAAUUUAAUUAUAUUUAUUUUAUUUUAUGUUAUUUUUGAGAUGAGGUCUUGCUGUGUUUGUUGCCCAGAGCUGGAGUGCAGUGGUGUGAUCAUAGCUCACUGCAGAUUCAAACUCCGGGGCUCAAGCAAUCCUCCUGCCUCAGUCUUCUGAGUAGCUGGGACUACAGGCAUACACUAUCAUGCCUGUCUAUCAAAAAAAAAUUUUUUUAGACAAGGGGUCUUGCUGUGUCACCCAGGCUGGUCUUAAAAUCCUGGCUUCAAGCAGUCUUCCCACUUCAGCCUCUUGAGUAGCUGGGAUUACAGGUGUGAGCCACUGUGCCUGGCUAAAAAAAAAAAAAAAAAAUUGCGUCUAUCUCUUUGUUGAUAUUCUCAGUUUGUCCAUGUUUUAUUUUUUGAUUUAAUUUAGUUGUCUAUCAACAUUCUCUUUUAUCUCACUGAGCUUCUUUAGGAUGAUUAAUCUGAAUUAUUUUCAGUAUUUGAAAAUUCCCAUUUUCACUUCAUAAAUUCCCAUUUAUUUUGGGUGAGUUGGUAGAGAUCUAUUUUCUUGCCUUUUUUCAAUGUUUUCUUGAUUCUUCAUGUUUCUUAUAUGAUUGUAUUCAUGUCUGCACAUUUGAUGAAACAACACUUUUUCCCUGUGUUGCAGAGCAGUAUAAGCUGUAGAGAGGCACCCUCCCUUCGUCUCUUGUUCCUGGCUGGUCCAGUCAUUUAACUGUCCCAGGCAUCUAGAUUCUACUGUUUUUAAUGCUAAGUAUGAGACAAGAUAGAAAUCAGGCCCUUGGAAAUGCACUGAAAGUUUGGGGACAAAGCUCAGUUUGUUUUUCCCACUCACUCCUGAAGAGAAAGCCUUAGUUCUCUGACUUUUACCAAUCUUGCUCAGCAGCGCUGGUGUAAGAGUUACCUGCCCCCUCUGUUUUGCUCCUAGUUGUCUCAGGCUCACAGGCUCUACCAGUCUUUCAGUGCUUCAAAUGUGAGAUGACAGAAAUUAGCCCUUGGGGAGUACACUGAAAUGGCAGUAGGCCAGGCAGCUGGCACACUCUUCACUGUCUCCUUCCCACUCAUGGGAGAAGUCAUGGGCUGAGGUGAUCCUCUGGCUCUGAACUAAGCCAGUUUGGGGGAGGGACUGAUGUGGGAAAAUUAAGUUUGCUGUUUGUAUUAGGCCCUUCUUUCAUUGCUAUAAAGAAAUACCUGAAAUUAGGUAAUUGAUAAAGAAAAGUGGAUUAAUUGGCUUAUGGUACUGCAGGCUGUACUAGAAGCUGCUGGCAUCUGCUUGGCUUCUAGGGAGGCUUCAGGGAGUUUUACUAAUGGCGAAGGUAAAGUGGGAGCUUGCAUGUCACGUGGCAAAAGCAGGAGCAAGAAAUAGAGUGGUGGGGGGCAGGUGCCACACUUUACAGCAGCCAGGUCUUGGGAGAAUACACUCACUAUUACAAGGAUACCACAGAGCCAUAAGACAUCCAAUCCUGUGACUCAAACACCUCCUAACAGGUUCCACCUCCAACGCUGGGGAUUACAUUUCAACAUGAGUUGCAGGCGGGGACAAAUGUCCAAACUAUAUUACUCUUCUUCCUAUGUUGGUUGCAAGUUUUCUCAGCUUUGUUCUUGUGUAGAGUAACACAGUUUUUAAACUGGAUUAAAAGUUUCUCACACAGGUAUUUCAGUCCAAAUAUUAUUUUUGUGUUUCUGAGGGUAAACCAACACCAGAGUUCCUGCUCUGCCAUCUUGAUGUCAUCUCUACACAUCUACUUUUUUUUCCCUAGAAUGUCUCUCUCCCCUGCUUGCAAUAUAGCAAACCUUUUCCUUUGGGGAAUUGUUCAUUUCUGUGUACUCCAGUCAUGUGGUUGUAAUGAGGGCUGCUAAUUACCUGUCACUCUCCUUCUGGCUUCAGGGAAGGGUGUGUGGCUUAGACCUGGCCAAACGGGUCAUCUCAUUUGGUCCAGUUAUGGUCAUGUGACUCAAGCAGUGACAAUGUGUUCAUUUCUGGAUUUCUAAAUGGCAAUUGUGAGAAUUCUUUUCUUCUCAUAUUGCUAAGGAAUAUGAAUCCAAAGCUGAUUGAAAGUUGUCAAGUUUCGUUAAUGAAUAUCCUACUGUAGGGAGUAUGGUUGGCAGACAUUGAAAUAGAUGUAAUUUAGAGAAAUGACAAGCUACCAACAUUGAGAAUUCUUACUCAGAAACAUAUAUUUCUCCAUUUAUUCAGAAGUUGUAUUAGUUUGUUCUCACACUGCUAUAAAGAACUACCUGAGACUGGGUAAUUUAUAAAGAAAGGAGGUUUAAUUGACUCACAGUUCCACAGGCUUAACAGGAAGCAUGACUAGGAGGCCUCAGGAAACUUACAAUCAUGGCAGAAGGCGAAGGGGAAGCAAGCACUUUCUUCACUUGGUGGCAGGAGAGAGAGAAAAAAGGGGGAAGUGCUACACACUGUUAAACCAUUGAUCUUGUGAGAACUCACUCACUAUCAUGAGAACAGCAAGGGAGGAAUCUGCCCUAUGAUCCAGUCACCUCCAACGAAGCCCCUCCUCCAACAUGAGAUUUGGAUGGGGACACAAAUCCAAACCAUAUUAUUUCACCCCUGGCCUCUCCCAAAUCUCAUGUCAUUCUCACAUUGCAAAAAUACAAUUAUUCCUUCUCAACAGUCUCCCAGCCUUAACUCAUUUCAGCAUUAACUCAAAAGUCCACAAUCCAAAGUCUCAUCUGAGACAAGGUAAAUUCUUUCCAUUUAUGAGCCUGUAAAAUUAGAAACAAGUUACUUCCAAGAUACAAUGGAGAUACAUGCUCCCAUUCAAAAUGGGAGAAAUUGGCCAACACAAAGGGGCUAUAGGCCACAUGCAAUUCUGAAACCCAACAGGGCAGUCAUUAAAUCUUAAAGCUCCAAAAUAAUCUCUUUUGACAUGAUGUCUCACAUUCAGGGCAUGCUGAUGCAAGGGAUGGGCUCCCAAGGCCUUGGGCAGCUCUGUCCCAUGGCUCUGCAGGGUACAGCCCUCCUCCCAGCCGCUUUUGUGGGCUGGCAUUGGGUGCCUCUGUCUUCUCCAUGUGCUCGGUUCAAGCUGUCCAUGGAUCUGCCAUUCUGGGGUCUGGAGGAUGGUGGCCCUCUUCUCACAGUUCCACUAGGCAGUGCCCCAGUGGGGACUCUAUGCGGGGACUCCAAUCCCACAUUUCCUCUCUGCAUUGCCCUAGUAGAGAUUCUCCAUGAGGGCUCUGCCCCUGCUGCAGACUUCUGCCUGGACAUCCAGGCAUUUCCAUACAUCCUCUGAUACCUAGGCAGAGGUUUUCAAACCUCAACUCUUGCCUUCUGCAUCCUGCAGGCCCAACACCAUGUGGAAGCUGCCAAGGCUUGGGGCUUGCACUCUCUGAAGCCAUGACCCAAGCUGUACUUUGGCCCCUUUUAGCCAUGGCUGGAGCUGGAAUGGCUGGGAUGCAGCCAUUCCCACGUCCCAAGGCUGCACAGAGCAGUUGGGCCCUGGGCCUUGCCCACAAAACCAUUCUUCUCUCCUAGGCCUCCAGACCUGUGAUGAGAGUGACUGCCAGGGAGGUCUCUGAAAUACCCUGCAGACAUUUUCCCCAUUGUCUUGGCUAUUAACAGUCAGCUCCUCUUUACUUAUGCAAAUUUCUGCAGCAGGCUUGAAUUUCUCCCCAGGAAAUGUUUUUCUUUUCUGCUGUAUGGUCAGACUACAAAUUUUCUAAACUUUUAUGGUCUGCUUCUCUUUUAAAUACAAGUUCCAAUUUCACACCAUCUCUUUCUUCAUGAAUAUGUGCAUACACUUUUAGAAACAGCCAGGUCAAAUCUUGAAUGCAUUGCUGUUUAGAAAUUUAUUCCACCAGAUACCCCAAAUCAUCUCUCUCAAGUUCAAAGUUACAUAGAUUUCUAGGGCAGGGGCAAAAUGCCACCAGUGUCUUUGCUAAAGCAUAGCAAGAGUGACCUUUACUCCAGUUCCCAAUAAAUUCCUCAUCUCCAUCUGAGACCACCUCAGCCUGGACUUCAUAGUUCAUAUCACUAUAGGCAUUUUGGUAAAAGCCAUUCAAUAAGUUUCUAGGAAGUUCCAAACUUUCCCAUAUCUUCCUGUCUUCUUCUGAGCCCUCCAAACUGUUCCAACCUCUGAAUGUUACCUAGUUCCAAAGUCACUUCCACAUUCUUAGGUAUCUUUAUAGCAGAGCCCCACUCCUGGUACCAAUUUUCUGUAUAAGUCCAUUCUCACACUGCUAUAAAGAACUUCCUGAGGCUGGGUAAUUUAUAAAGAAAGGAGGUUUAAUUGACUCACAGUUCUGAAGGCUUAACAAGAAGCAUGACUGGGAGGCCUCAGGAAACUUACAAUCGUGGUGGAAGGUGAAGGGGAAGCAAGCACUUUCUUUACAUGGUGGCAAGAGAGAGAGAGUGAAGGGGGAAGUGCUACACACACUCUUAAACCGUCAGAUCUCAUGAGAAUCAUUAUCAUGAGAACAGCAAGAGGGAAAUCCACCCCAUGAUCCAAUCAUCUCCCACCAGGCCUUUCCUCCAAUUCAACAUGAGAUUUGGGUGGGGACACAAAUCUAAACCAUAUGUUUUCUGAUUUUUGAAAAAAUUUUAUAAUUUUUUUCUAUGAGUCUGUCACGUUUCUUUUCAGGUUUACUCAUAGGUGUUUUAUAAUUUUAGUUGAUAUUGUGAAUAAGAUCUCCCUCCCUACCCCCAUUACAUUUGCUAAGUGGUUUUUGAUAUGUUACUGGAAAGCUGCUGGUUUUGGAGUGUUUAUUAGCAUCUUUAUUCAGCCAUGUGCCUGGACCAUUAUAAAAUCUUUUUUGAUUGAGCCUUUUUUGUAUUCUAGGUAGACUAUCAGAAAGUUCAUAAAUAGUGAUAGUUUCAUGUUUUUAUUUCUAUUUCCUUUCUGUUUUAGUAAUACAUUUAAGAUUGCCAUUAAAAUAUUGACAAACAGUUAUUCCAGGCAACAUCUUUACCUCAUUCAUGAAUGUCUUUUAAUACUCCAGAUUAUUUUCUAUGAAUAUUUUUUAUUCACAGCUUUUAAUAAAUUUUAUAUUGGAUGAGUAUUGAGUUGGAUGAAAACAUAUUUUGAGAAUGCUUUAGAUUUUCCUACAUUUUCUCCCCUUUAUUCGUAAUGUAGUGAAUUAGGUUAAUGGAUGACACAAUAACAUAAUAAUUAUUAUUAACACAGCAAUAAUAGAAUAACCUCCCUAUCUUGGUCAUAGGCUAGUCAUUUAAAUACAUUCCUUUAUUCAAAUGGAUUUACUUCAUGGAUCAUCCCUCCCUUGCUUUCUUCUUUCCUUUCUUCAUCUUUACCUCUCUCCUGCUUUCCUUCCCUCCAUCUACACAGGUCAAAGGAGCAGCAAGAAUAAAGACCCUGAGGUGGGUGUAUGCUUUGGUCUGUUAGUGGAUCAGCAGGGAGACCAGCUGAAAUGAACAAAGGGAAGAAUAAAUAGGACAUGAAUUAGGUAAAAAAGGAGAGAGCGAUAGUGAUGGCAGGAGGUAUAUUGGGUACAACCUUGUAAAGCAUUGUACAGACUUUUACUAUGAAUAAGAUGGGAAGCCACUGGAGCAUUCUGAGCAAAGUAAUGAUAUGAUAUGACUCAUAUUAAAACAGAAUUUCCCUGAUAUAUGGGAAUUGAGUGUCGAGUAUAAGAAUGGAUGCAGGAGACAUGUUAGGAGGCUAAGGCAAUAAUCAAGGUGGGAGACAAUGGUGAAUUUGACCAGGGUGAUAAUGAUGGGGAUGGUGAGAAGUGAUUAGAUUUUGAAGGUUAAAACAACAGGAUUUGCUGACAGAUCGGUUGUGUGGUAUGAUGAAAAAAAAAAGGAAUUAAGGAUGACUGUAAGCUUUUUUUUUUUUCUAGGCAACUUGAAGGAUAGAGUUGGGAUUAACUGAGAUGGGGAAGGCUGUGUGUUAAGCGGGUUUAGGGAGGAGGUGGUGGGAGGAGGGAGCUAAAGAAUUCACUUUGGACAUAUUUAUUUUCAGAUGCCAAUUAGACAUUUCAAGUGAUGAUGCCAUGUAGGCAGUUUUUAGGUUGAAUUUAGGUUUUACAGAAGUCCCAGGCAGGAGCUAUACAUUUUGGCAUCAUAGAAUAUAUAUGGUCUUUAAUACCAUGAGAUGGAUGAGAUCAUCAAUAGAAUGAGUACAAUAGAAUGAGUACAGAGAGAGUUAAAAAGAUGUCCAAGGACUGAGCACUGGAACUCUAACAACACUUAGUGUUGGGGAAGAUAGGGAAGAUAUAAAAUAAUAGCAAAUGAAUAUGAGAAGUAGCAGCUACUGAAGUGAUCCCAUGGAAACCAAAUGAAGAAAGCAAUUCAAAGAGGAAGAAGUCAUCAACUCUGUCAAAUGCUUAGUUUUUUGUUUGUUGUUUGUUUAUUUGGCAAAUGUUUUUCCCUUUGCCUGAAAUGUGUGUAUUCUGCCUCCCCACUUUUAUUUGUAUAUUUGAUUUAUUUUUACUUCAUUUUCAUGUCUCCCCUCCAAUAACUUGUACUUCCAAGAACACUGUGCACACCCAUGUUAUAGCAUUUACCCCACUCCAUUGUAGUUCUGUACUCUUAUCUGUUUCUCCCCACUGGACAAUGAGCAACUCUGAGGGCAGGAGAGUCUCUACAACUCUGAACACUGUACUUGGCACCACACACACACACACACACACACACACACACAUUCAUACAUGUAUAACACACAGACACACAGAUAUAUAUGUUUGAAAGUUAAGUAAUUCACCAGCAUCAUUAUCCAGACAUCUAAUUGGCAGCUAACAACAGCUAGAAUCUCCAGGUUUCCUUUCUAGUAGCCAGGGUAGUAAAUAUCAAAUCCGAUCUAUGUAUGUUUUCUUACCAGAUUCCUUUUUGAAACUACUUCACUGGAGAUCCUGGGCUUUCUACAAAAUCCUUGUAUUUGACUACAAGACUUUUUAUAUCUCUUUAUAAUUUUUUGUCCCUUUAUGGCUAUUUUGUUAUUCUUUGCUUUGAUUGCUUCUACCAUUUCUCCUUCAGAUUUUACAAAGGGAAGCUGUACCUGUCAAUAUUCUGUCUCUGUGAUUGUGCCACACACUUGUUACCUUAUAUCUGGUUAAGGUAUCCACAGAGCUAAUAUGAUAAAAAUAGUGGAACACAUUCCAGGAUUUCCUACUGAGUGCAAUCCUACCUUAAAUGGAAAGAAAUGAGUCCUUUUUAAGGACAAGAUGUUUAAUUUAAAAAAUUCAGUGCCUGUUUGUCUUUCAAUUAAAUACAAGGAACCAAGAAAAUCUGCCUUUGAUCAUAUCUUCUUAAUCAAGGGUGUCCAAUCUUUUGGCUUCCCUGGGUCACACUAGAAGAAAAAUUAUCUUGGGCCACACAUAAAAUACACUAACAAUAGCUGAUGAGCUAAAAAAAAUUGCAAAAAAAAAAUCAUGUUUUAAGAAAGUUUAUGAAUUUGUGUUGGGCUGCAUUCAAAGCCAUUGUGGCCCACAUGCAGCCCAUGGACAAGCUUGUCUUAAUUAAUGACCUGGAAGUCACUGGACAGUGAUCAUGCACUAUCUUCUCUUUCCAAAAAUGUUUUCUUUGAAUAAGUGAAUACUUUGUAAUACUUCUAUUUCCUAUUUAAAUCCUAAUGACAUUUUCUUGAGUAAAAACUUUGUUGAAAGCAGUACUCUGAUAAAAGUGUAAGAUAAUGAGGCAAGGCAAAAGAGUGUGAAUAGAAUUACGGUGCAAAGAAUUGUUAAUAGUUGGGGAAGGAGACUACCCCAUAGAGCUGAACCACUGUUUGAGCUUCUUCCGUAGCCGGUAAACUCACAGUAGGUAGGGUCCACCCAUAUAAACCGUGGCAAUCUUAUGACAUUUCUCCAAUUUGCAGUCAUAUAUAGAAUAAUUGACAUAGCUCCUUCUCAUAUAUAUCUUUUCUAGACCACACAAAGUGCCAUCUUUUACUUGCCCAAUAUCAACUGUAUCCCUUCCAAAGUAAUAGUUCCCCAACACCUGGGACCAUUAACUGAUUUUUUAAUUAUAGCAUUAUGUUGUUUUACCUUGGAAAUUGUUUAUAUGUUUUCACAGUGCACUCUCACACAAAUUAUUUGACGAAGGGCAUCUUUUGUAUAUUAAACCUUCCAUGCCACAGGGACUGAAAUGAUCUUCUUGUAUAUUAAUUUUUAUAGCAGCUCAGAGAGGCAUUCCUUGCUGUCUGGCCAAAAAUAUAUCAACAUUGUUUAUUGUGACUGUUGCAUAUUUUAUGAUAGGAGUAGACACUGUAGACCACAAAGUGUCCUCUCUGAUACACAGGGAUCCUCAGGGCACCACCUUGCACUUUCUUUUUUUUUUUUUUUGAGGUAUACUCCCAUGUAUACCUAAAUCCAUGCAUACUUAAGUCUUGUAGUUGGCCCUGCAGAACCUGUGUAUACAAAAAGUUGGUUUUCCAUAUAUGUGGGUUUCACAUUCUGUGAAUACUGUAUUUUCUGCAUCUGCGUUUGCGGAGGGCCGACUGUAUUUAUUGAAAAAAUCGCACAUGAGUGGGCCUGUACAGUUCAAAUCCACGUUGUUCAAGCGUCAACUGUAUUUCCUCUUUUGUUAAGCCAAUUUCAUGGCGACAAUUGAAUCCUAUCUUAUCUGGUGUUCGAACAUAUGUGGUAAAAUGCCUUAUGGGCUCGAUUUCAUAAGUUUGCUUGGUUAUCUGUAUCUGUGCAUCCCUCCAUAGUUUUCCAAAGGGGUGCUGAGAACUCCCAGAGACUCGGGGCUGGGGCUCCAUAUAACCGUGAUAGUAGCAGUCAUCUUGGACAAAGGGCUUUUCCUCGUGGGGAGCGUGCUGCUCCGUGCAGGUGAACACUAGGAGGUGCCUGGAAAGGAAGAGCCUUUUAGGCCUUAAACGAAUGAUGUGGGUAUGGCGCCGCAGGUGCAGGCCAUUAAGACAGCCCUCAGACUUGUUGAAGGCCCUACUUCGCCGGGGAAAAUUCUGGGGAAUCACCACUUGGGCGGGGCAGAGCGCCAGUAGGGCCUGGUUUGUGCGCCGCUGGCAGGGGCCAGGAGCGUCUCCCGAACAGCAGGAGAGCGUCCUGCUGCAGCCUUCCGGCUGCCCAUGUUUCAGGCAGCUGCCUUCUGGAAAGACUUGGUUGGUGACUGCUAGGAAAGUGGGCGUUGGAGACUAGGUCGGAAAAUGCUCUUCGGAGGAGGGAGCCCUGCCUCGUGGGUUUGUUGGCCGCCACCCCAUCCGGGGAGUGGUUUCUCGUCCUUGGUCCGUUAAAAGGAACUGUUGCAGGUAAGGCUGGGAUUCUAGGGAGAGGAAGCUGGCAGGAGAGAGGUUUAACGGAGAAAGUAGAUGGUGAAAACAAGAGGGAAUUGAACCAGAAACUAAGUGGUUUGAAAGGGAGAAGUAAGAGGGUGCAGAGGGACGAGUAGAGACAGCAGAAAAAGUUGGACUGAGGUGAUGGAAAUUAAAGUAAAUUCGGAAGAGAGAAACGUAGGGAAUCUUGGCCACACUGUAAGAGGCUAUGGAAAAUUAGAGCCAAGGCUGGUUCACGCCUUAAUGUCUGUCGUGAAAAAAAGAAGUUGUCCCCAGACAAAAGACAGAAACCUGGAAUCCUCUUUCUCAAGAGGACGUCAAGCUGAGAAGAAACUGGACAUACCCAAGAUUUCUUCCAGCUUAGUCCCACUGAUCCUCCAAGGACUGGGACAGCAGACCUGACUUUCCCCAGUUUUUAUUUUCAGCACUGCAGCUCUGAUGGUCCAGCUCCACCAGGACACAGAUCCCCAGAUCCCUAAAGGUCAGCCAUGCACCCUGAACAGCUCAGAGGGAGGAGCCAGACCAGCAGUGCCUCACACCUUGUUCUCUUCUGCUCUAGACAGAUGGCUCCAUAAUGACAGCUUCAUAAUGGCAGUGGGUGAGCCCCUGGUGCACAUCAGGGUCACUCUUCUGCUGCUCUGGUUUGGGAUGUUUUUGUCUAUUUCUGGCCACUCUCAGGCCAGGCCCUCCCAGUAUUUCACUUCUCCAGAAGUGGUGAUCCCUUUGAAGGUGAUCAGCAGGGGCAGAGGUGCAAAGGCUCCUGGAUGGCUCUCCUAUAGCCUGCGGUUUGGGGGACAGAGACACAUUGUCCACAUGAGGGUAAAUAAGCUGUUGUUUGCUGCACACCUUCCUGUGUUCACCUACACAGAGCAGCAUGCCCUGCUCCAGGAUCAGCCCUUCAUCCAGGAUGACUGCUACUACCAUGGUUAUGUGGAGGGGGUCCCUGAGUCCUUGGUUGCCCUUAGUACCUGUUCUGGGGGCUUUCUUGGAAUGCUACAGAUAAAUGACCUUGUUUAUGAAAUCAAGCCAAUUAGUGUUUCUGCCACAUUUGAACACCUAGUAUAUAAGAUAGACAGUGAUGAUACACAGUUUCCACCUAUGAGAUGUGGGUUAACAGAAGAGAAAAUAGCACACCAGAUGGAGUUGCAAUUGUCAUAUAAUUUCACUCUGAAGCAAAGUUCUUUUGUGGGCUGGUGGACCCAUCAGCGGUUUGUUGAGCUGGUAGUGGUCGUGGAUAAUAUUAGAUAUCUUUUCUCUCAAAGUAAUGCAACAACAGUGCAGCAUGAAGUAUUUAACGUUGUCAAUAUAGUGGAUUCCUUCUAUCAUCCUUUGGAGGUUGAUGUAAUUUUGACUGGAAUUGAUAUAUGGACUGCAUCAAAUCCACUUCCUACCAGUGGAGACCUAGAUAAUGUUUUAGAGGACUUUUCUAUUUGGAAGAAUUAUAACCUUAAUAAUCGACUACAACAUGAUGUUGCACAUCUUUUCAUAAAAGACACACAAGGCAUGAAGCUUGGUGUUGCUUAUGUUAAAGGAAUAUGCCGGAAUCCUUUUAAUACUGGAGUUGAUGUUUUUGAAGACAACAGGUUGGUCAUUUUUGCAAUUACUUUGGGCCACGAGCUUGGUCAUAAUUUGGGUAUGCAACAUGACACCCAGUGGUGUGUGUGCAAGCUACAGUGGUGCAUAAUGCAUGCCUAUAGAAAGGUGACAACUAAAUUUAGCAACUGCAGUUAUGCCCAAUAUUGGGACAGUACUAUCAGUAGUGGAUUAUGUAUUCAACCGCCUCCAUAUCCAGGGAAUAUAUUCAGACUGAAGUACUGUGGGAAUCUAGUGGUUGAAGAAGGGGAGGAAUGUGACUGUGGAACCAUACAGCAGUGUGCAAAAGAUCCCUGUUGUCUGUUAAACUGUACUCUACAUCCUGGGGCUGCUUGUGCUUUUGGAAUAUGUUGCAAAGACUGCAAAUUUCUGCCAUCAGGAACUUUAUGUAGACAACAAGUUGGUGAAUGUGACCUUCCAGAGUGGUGCAAUGGGACAUCCCAUCAAUGCCCAGAUGAUGUGUAUGUGCAGGACGGGAUCUCCUGUAAUGUGAAUGCCUUCUGCUAUGAAAAGACGUGUAAUAACCAUGAUAUACAAUGUAAAGAGAUUUUUGGCCAAGAUGCAAGGAGUGCAUCUCAGAGUUGCUACCAAGAAAUCAACACCCAAGGAAACCGUUUCGGUCACUGUGGUAUUGUAGGCACAACAUACGUAAAAUGUUGGACCCCUGAUAUCAUGUGUGGGAGGGUUCAGUGUGAAAAUGUGGGAGUAAUUCCCAAUCUGAUAGAGCAUUCUACAGUGCAGCAGUUUCACCUCAAUGACACCACUUGCUGGGGCACUGAUUAUCAUUUAGGGAUGGCUAUACCUGAUAUUGGUGAGGUGAAAGAUGGCACAGUAUGUGGUCCAGAAAAGAUCUGCAUCCGUAAGAAGUGUGCCAGUAUGGUUCAUCUGUCACAAGCCUGUCAGCCUGAGACCUGCAACAUGAGGGGAAUCUGCAACAACAAACAACACUGUCACUGCAACCAUGAAUGGGCACCCCCAUACUGCAAGGACAAAGGCUAUGGAGGUAGUGCUGAUAGUGGCCCACCUCCUAAGAACAACAUGGAAGGAUUAAAUGUGAUGGGAAAGUUGCGUUACCUGUCACUAUUGUGCCUUCUUCCUUUGGUUGCUUUUUUAUUAUUUUGCUUACAUGUGCUUUUUAAGAAACGCACAAAAAGUAAAGAAGAUGAAGAAGGAUAAGAGAAAUGGGAAAAAGAAGGAGACUAAACUUUAUACUUCAUUUUUAAUAUCCAAUUUUUUAAUAGAAAAAUAUGAAGGCAUGUCUCACUGUUUAAAUAAAACUUCAUGGACAUUUCAUGUCAGGAUUGCAAGCAUUAGCUAUCACAGCAAAGGAUUCCUAGCCUAUUCUUACUUACUCUACAGUGUCUUAAGCAAUAUUAAAGGUUCCUUUUCCCAGAAGUUGUGUCUUUAUGUUUCCUGAGCAAAGGCACAGAAAAGAUAGUUUCAAGCUGUUGUCCCUCAUUGUUAACUCUCCUCUCUCUCUCUCUUUUUUUUUUUUUUUUUUUUUUGCUGUACUAUGUAAUGUUCAGGAUGUGCCUGUACACAACUCAUUUCUGUUUGGCACAUUCAGCUGUGCCAAAGGGGGCAGUAGAAGUAGCCUGGAGUGAUGAUGAGGGAAGAAGGGAGCUUUCUUUCCUGUGUGCUUACCAUGAGUGUCACCAUUAUUUUGGCUGGGGCCAUUCACUCUGGCAAUUAUAUUUGGUUUCAGAUUCCAGUUCUGUUGUCACUUUUAGAACCACCCUCAUUUUUCCUUAGAAAUACCAGCAGCAGUUGGACACUGACCUCCUCAGGGGUCCGGGAGUGAGCAGGGUUGUGGUCCUCUGAGUUCUUGAAGCAGCAGCAGCUGUUCACUGUGCCAUCUUUAGAGGUCUGGGUCCUUGCUCUGCGGGGAAUAUUCUUUAAUCAUCGCCACUCUAGUAAACCCAACUUCUUUCUUCUGUUCUCCUGGCCCUAGGAGUGUUAGGUGCCUUCUGUAGCUACUUUGUUGUUGGUUGAGUUCUCCGGAAGCAGAUACUGAAUUGGAGUUUCAAGUACAAGAUUUUGUUAGGGACCAACAGCUGUGAAAAAAGGCAAGGAAGUUGGUUGUGCAGAUGAGAAAUACAAGUACAGGCGUACCUUGGACAUAAUAUAGGUUCAGUUCCAGACCACUGCGAUAACAGGAAUAUCACAAUAAAAUGAGUCACACAAAAUUUUUGGUUCCCAGUACAUAAAAAAGUUAUAUUUACACUACACUGUAAUCUGUUAAGUAUGUAGCAUUAUGUCCAAAAAUGCAAUACCUUAAUUAAAAAUCUUUUAUUGCUGAGAAAUAGUAACAAUCCUCUGAGCCUUUAAUGAGCCAUAUGUUUUUGCUGGUGGAGGUUCUUGCCUCAUUGUUGACAGAUGCUGACUCUUCAGGGUGGUGGUUGCUGAAGGUUGGGGUGACUGGAAAUUUCUUAAAAUAUGACAACAAUUAAGUUUGCUGCAUCGAUUGACUCUUCCUUUCACAAAUAUUUAUCUAGCAUGUGAUGCUGUUUGAUAGGAUUUUACCCACAGUAGAACUUCUUUCAAAAUUUGAGUCAGUCAUCUCAAAUUCUACCACUGCUUUAUCAACUAAGUUUAUGUAAUAUAUUAAGUCCUUUGUUGUUAUUUCAACAUUGUUGACAGCAUCUUCAUCAGGAAUCAAUUCCAUUUCAAAAAACCAUUUUCUUUGCUCAUCUAUAAGAAGCAACUCCUCAACCAUUCAAGAUUGAUCAUGACAUUAUGGCAAUUCAGUCAUAUCCUCAGGCUCCACUUUUAAGUCUAAUUCUCUUGCUAUUUCCACAACAUCUACAGUUCUUUCCACCACUGAAGUCAUCUGUGAAGGUUAGACUCAAUGUCUUCCAAACUCCUUUUAAUGUUAAUAUUUUGACCUCCUCACAUAAAUCAGGAAUGUUCUUAAUGACAUCUAGAAUGGUGAAUCCUUUCCAGAAAGGUUUCAAUUGAUUUGCCCAGAUCCAUCAGUGGAAUUACUAUCUAUGGCAGCUAUAACCUUAUGAAAUACAUUUCUUAAAUACAAAGACUUGAAAGUCAAAAUUACUCCAUCCAUGGGCUGCAGAAUGGAUGUUGUGUUAACAGGCAUGAAAACAACAUUAAUCUCCUUGUACAUCUCCAUCAGAGCUCUUGGGUGGUCAGGUGUAUUGUCAGUGAACAGUAAUAUUUGAAAAGAUGUCAUUUUUUUUUCUGAGCAGUAGGUCUCAACAAUGGGCUUAAAAUAUUCAGUAAACCAUGCUGUGAACAGAUAUGCUGUCAUCAAGGGCUUUGCUGUUUCAUUGACAGAACACAGGCAGAGUAGACUUAGCAUCAUCCUUAAGGGCCUUCAGAUUUUUGGAAUGGCAAAGGAGCAUUGGUUUCAAUUUAAAUUCACCACCUGCAUUAGUCCCUAACAAAACCGUCAGCCUGUCCUUUGAAGCUUUGAAGCCAGGCAUUGACUUCUCCUCUCUAGCUGUGAAAGUCCUAGUCUCCUUCCAAUAGAAGGCUGUUUCAUCUACAUUGAAAAUCUGUUGCUUGGUGUAGCCACCUUCAUCAGUGACCUUAGCUAGAUCUUCUGGAUAACUUGCUGCAGCUUCUACAUCAGCACUUGCUACUUCAUCUUGCACCUUUAUGUUAUGGAGAUGGCUUUUUCCUUAACCCUCAUCAACCAACCUGUGCUUGCUUCAAAUUUUUUCACCACAGAUUCCUUACCUCUCUCUGCUGUCAUAGAAUUGGUGAAAAUUAGGACCUUGCUCUGGAUUAGGCUUUGAGUUAAGGGAAUGUUGUGGCUGGUUUAAUCUUCCGUCCAGACCACUCAAACAUUCUGUAUAUCAGCAGUAAGGCUGUUUUGCUUGCUUAUCAUUUGUGUGUUCACUGGAGUAGCAUUUUAAAUUUUCUUCAAGAAUGUGUCCUUUGCAUUCACAACUUUGGCUGUUUGGUACAAGAGGCCUAGCUUGGCUUUUGACAUGCCUUUCUCAUUAAGCUUAAUCAUUUUUAGCUUUUGAUUUAAAGUGAGAAAUGGAAGACUCUUCCUUUCACUUGAACACUUAAGCUAUGGUAGGAUUAUAAAUUAAUGGGCCCAAUUUCCAUCUUAUAUCUUAGGGAAUAGGGAGGCCCAAGGAGAGGGAAAGAGAUGGGGAAAUGGUCAAUUGGUGGAGCAGUUGGAAUACACAUAAUUUUUUUUGCUUAAGUUUGUCUUCUUAUAUGGUUGGGAUUUGUGGCACCCCAAAACAAUUAUUAUGGUAACAUCAAAGUUGACUGAUCACAGAUCACCACAACAGAUAUAAUAAUAAUAAAGAUUGAAAUAUUGUGAGAAUUACCAAAAUGUGACACAGAGACACAAAGCAAGCACUUGCUAUUGAAAAAACGGUGCCAACAGAUUUGCUCAACAAAAGAUUGCCACAAACCUUCAAUUUGUAAAACAAAAGCAAAAGAGUAUCUGUGAAGCACAAUACAUUGACGUGUGAUAAAAUAAGGUAUACUUCUAUAUUGCAGCUUUGGCCAAUCUGGCAGUGAGCUCCGGACUGAAUAUUGCUUGACAAAUUUGUCUGAGUUGGGCCAAAAUGGUCUGGUCUUCAUCCCUUCAGUUUGUUCAUUCCCUUGGAUGUGGGAGAAGGGCAUGAGCUUGGUAGGAUGCCUCUUUGUAACUGAGGCUGACCCCAAAGAGCUAACAUCUGGAUGCUGUCUUCUGAUCAUAAUUCCUGCAGACGGUCAGCAAGUCCUCUCUUGAAGGAGGAUCCAAGGGGCAUAUUUGUGUAUUCUACAGUCCAAUAUUUGCACUGCUCUGACCCACUUUUUUGAAUAUAUUGUGGGAACAAUGCCUCCAGGAUUAUGGUGGACAUCCCUUUCUGUGGGGAACCUUAGGAGAAGGAAGUUAAUGGGAUAAACCAUAGUCCCUCUGUAGCAUUUGGGAUUGAGGCUGAAAUGGAUACUUAUUGUCUCACUCCUCCACUGUCCAUUCUAGUUUCCUUGACUGUGUGAUAUGACCCAGGUCUUUAUCUCCAAAAGCUCUGAGCACCAGAGCACCUUCUCAGGCUGUGAUUGCUGAACCUGUCCAUUUAUAUUCACAAUCAGGCUGGGGAGUACCAUUAGGCACCUAAGGAGAUCACCUGGGUUCUACACAUACACUCUUAUGUUUCCAUCUUGUGACAGAAGCCCUGCCUCCUCCUGAUGAUUAGAGUCAAUCACUUCUGUCAAGAAUGUGAUCAUCUUCUUGGUUGGUGCAAGGACACAGUGAGUUCUAGUGGCAGCUUUAGCUUAUAAUUUAUUGGGACUCUAGCUUUGCCCUGGUGAAAAUAUAACCCAUUUGGGGACCAGGACCUUUGAGCCACAGAGUCCGGAGUUGCAGUAGGCAAGAAGCACAAACCACCCCAAUGAGUCACUGUGAGUGACAGUAAGUGGGGCCACUCCUGUUUCCAGGCCUUGGUUCCCAGACCCAUGUAAAGAUCUGUAGUUCAGUGCACACAAUUCAUUCUGUGAAAUGGUAGUAUAUUGCCUCUGAACAAGCGCUUCAGCUUUAGCUCAGUUGCACCAUCAGUAGAUAUUUCCAAUGCUUUAUUAGGCUGGCAGCCCCUAGAUUAUGUUGUCUGAUAUACAGCCAGUAUAUACCAUGUUCUUUGGUCCCCUUCCAAAACUUCUUCACUGUAAAGUGGUACCUUGGUCUGAUAUGAUAUUAUACAGAAACACCAGACCAGUGGGUCAAAUACUCCAAAUGUCUUUGAAUAUUGGUGCUCACUGAGGCUCACUGCCUUACCUCAGUGAGAUAAGGCAAAUUCAUAUCAAGAAUAUGUGUUUAUUACUGUACGAAUGAACCACUGGCCCUUCCAGGAUGAUAAUGACCAAUUGUAGUCAAUUUCCCUCUAUGUGUUCUUCUAGAAAUUAUGCCAGAUUAGGGGAUCAGCUUGGUCUUUAUUGUUAGUUGGCUGAUGGCAUGCCUCUGCUGCAGAAUCCCAGAGGCAUACACUGUGAUUCUUUCUCUGGGGCUUACCACAAACUCCACCCAACAACCUUUUCUGUCACAGACACUUUCAACAUCAUAGGGUCUACUAGGGAGUAUGACCCCAGUGGAAGUCUGUUUGCAUCACAACCUGGACCUGGUGCAGAGCUCUUUCCUUCUAUGGUUUCCACUCAAAGAUGACAUCAUUAUAUGUUACCAAAUAUAAGGACCAGAGUUGUGGUCCUAGGUAUCAAAUUUGCUGCCUCCAGGAACCAAAGCAAUCCCCAGGCAUUGUGUUUCCUUCUUCAUGAUAGGAGAUGCAGAAAGGAAUAAUUUGGCCUUACGUUGGAAGGGAUAACCCAGCAUAUUCCUGGCUCUUAGAAAACUAAAAAUUUUACUGACACAUCAUGUCCUUGAUUACAAUGUAUUAUUUUUCACAGAGCUUAUCUUCCAUUUUCUGAGCUCAUGUGUUUUACCAAGGCCUUCAAUGUCAUUACCACCUCUUGUACACCUGGCUUGAUCAACAUAAUGUCAUCAAUGUACUCGAUCAAUGUGAUGUUAUCUGGGAUAUCCAGACAGUCCUCUCACUAUACUAUGUUAUGACAGAGGGUAGAAGAAUUAUCAUAGCCCUGUGUCCAUAAGACCAGUAACCCACUGUAAGUCAGAGUGUUGCUAAGACUUUAUUUAUUACCCUGUCCUCAUAUAUGUCUUCAUUCUAACAGGAAGGUCAUCAAAAUGUUUUGAGUACUUGGACAUUAAUGUCAACUCAGUCCCUGUGUUCAAUAGUCCUUGAAAUGUAUAGAUAUUCCCCCUUCCUUAUGCACAGCUAUGUAAGUGGCCAUAGUUCCCUUUGGUGAAGGGCUGGGGGAAUCAUUAUUAUUUAUAUAUUUGCCAUGGUUUUAUAGCAUCCUGGGCCCAAGGCUCUGUCCACGUCAUCAGGGAGUGAGUUCCAGGUUUGAAAGAAGUUCAAGUCCAUAAACUGGAAAAGUGAUUAACUUUUGGGGAGGCAACUGCUUUUUGCUUCCCAGUCAUCUAUCUUUGGCUUCUUCUAUUGGCAUAAAGUAAGUAUCCUUGUUGGCUGCCUAUCUAUUUUACCCUUAAGGAUUCUAGAAUCCUUCCACUACCAUCUCCUUAGGUCCUGGCUGCCAUUCUGACCUUGCCAGUCUUUAUGACAAUUGCAACUUCUUAUUCUUAUUCCUUGGGAUGGUUAUGUAUUGCUCGCUGACCUCUAGGUGUCAGAGUCAUAUUAUCACCAAUGCUAUCAGCAAGCAAAUUUCUGUAACACCCUCUCCUACUCUGAGCCUGGCUUGCAAAGACUUAAUAAUGGACCUUUUGGUAAUGCCAGUGCUUCCUCUUAUUAGCACAUUCUUUAUGCCUUUGGUAAAUGGUGUAUUUUCUGGACAUUCCUAUGGAACAUUGUCAUCUGAAGGCCAUGUAUAAUUCCAUUUCAGCAUGCCCAUUUCCAUGAACCUUUUAAUCCCAUAAUCAUUAUGGCAAUUCUGGCAUUUUGGCUUCUCUGUAUGAGCAUUACUUUUUCCAUGCUUCUAGAAGACAUCCCAGGAACAAAUUUACACCAUGCCCUAGGGUUCUUGCCAAGAUGUAAAAUCCUAUAUCUUGGGAGAGUGAACAUUUUUCCCUUCCCAAUUUAAUGUUUGUUAUUUGAUUUUGCAUCUCAGAAUGGAGUGCCUUUUCUCUGAGCAUGCUGAGCACUUUUCCAGUUGAUUAUGCUGUGACUCAAUCCUAGCUUUAUGCCUAGUGGCCAAAAAAGGAGGUGGGGGAAGACUCUGCAAAAGACAUCUAUAGCCUCAUGGUGGAGUGGCAUCUGCAUUCUCCUUCACUAUACAGGGGUGAAUCACUCCCGUGGAUGAGUAUAUGGAGCGUGAGUGUUCAAAGGAUCUAGUCAGAUGUUCCCAUCCUGUGUGUCAGAGUCUCAGGUUUUCUCCACCAAGGUCCUGAUUACAGCGCUCCCUUGAUUGGGCAUUUAACUUUUAUUUAUUUAUUUAUUUUUAGGUUCAGCCACUUGGAUUUCUUUAUCCUCCCCUGGAAGGAAAUGAGGGUCACUUUGUAUGCAGUCAGAGAGGAUACUGACAUUCAUGCCUGGAUUUUAAUUGCCUGUUGCUCACCAUCAGCUGUUCACUAUCUUGCUAUAGUAUAUCGAAGGCACUUA